CGCGUUGAAAGUUUGGCUAACGUACGACCUGUAUGCGGGACACCACGUGUCUGCAGCAAAGCCGACACGUGGAUUCAACGAUCGCGAGGACCGAGAACCGAUAUAAUUUUCAACUUGACUGCCACUCACCAUAGCGCACGUAAGUGUCUGCUCCCCCACUCAACGCUCGUGCUGACCAAGACACCAGACAAGAUCGAAUGCCAGUCACUACUCGCAAAAACGGGACAUCCAAAGUGCCCACCCCAACUCAAGAGGAAACAUCUCAGGCCAAACUCACGCUCAGCGGUCAUGAACAAUGGGUGUCCAGCGUAGCUUUCAUCCCUCGUACGAAUCUCCUCGUCACUAGCUCCGCCGACAAGACCCUUCGGGUAUGGGAUCUGAACACAGGGAAACAAGUGGGGGAGCCCUUGUUGAAUCACGACUGCGCAGUCUGGAUGGUCGCAGCAUCCCCCGAUGGGUGUUGGAUUGCGAGUGGAGGGUGGAAUGGAAGCAUCCUGGUCUGGGAAGUUGCAACAGACAAGACAGAUGUCAAGAGAGAGCCCGUCUCAUUCAAAGGCCACGAGAUUCUGCUUCGAGACCUCAUAUUCGCACCAGGCAGCGAGACAUUUGCAAGUGCAUCAAAUGACUUGACAAUAUGCGUUUGGAAGAGUGAGACGGGAACAAUAGUGCUCGGACCACUCCGACUGGAUGAGCUGCCAAACUCAGUGUCAUACUCUUUGGAUGGGAAAAAACUAGCAGCAGGCACCGACAAACACAUCAUCGUUUGGAACACAACAAAUGGAGAAGAACUGCUCAAGAUACCAAAGCGGGCCUUCAAAAUCGCAUUCACUCCAGAUAGUCUCCGUCUCGUUAGUGGAGACUGGAAUGACAUCCGCAUAUCAGAUGCAGCCACCGGAGACAUCAUAAAACAGUUUGACGCGCACACACAAACCUGUCAAUCACUAGCCAUUGCUCCCAAUGGCAGCAAAUUUGCAACCACUUCAUCUGACAAGACCACACGGUUCUUUGACCUGACCACAUUCGAACCCAUCGGGGAGCCACUCGAGCACCCUGAUAUUGUCAUUUGUGUGGCAUUUUCCGAGGACAGCCAGCUCAUCACUACUGGCUGUGAGGACAAGCUCGUUCGCACAUGGACAGUCCCUCUGAGCGAAUCAGAGAAGGAGUCGCAACAGAAAAUUCUUGAAAAAACCAUCCCAGGCCCACAGCCUCGUCCAAGACGCGCUCCAAUACAGACUAGUAGGUUCUUCGAUGAUUUUGAUCCUGGACGCAACAAUCGCGCUGCUACCACCACGCGUCAUGCUGAAGGGUCCGGAAUCAAGACCAUGAUGAAUCGUUUUCUCUCUCGCUCCUCCGCUCCCCAGGGCCAUGGUCCUCGCCCUCGCAGGAUUCCCCUCGUGGACGUCUUUGCAACACGAGGCAAAUAUCGCACCGCUAAUGCCCAGAGUGGAAAACGACAUCUGCCGAGGCCGCUGCAUCCUCCUCGUCGACAAGCCCACGCUGGUGCCUCAAGCAGCACCACGCCACCAGCAGGGACGUCCAAUGUGGUCGAUGCAACUACGCCAGCAACGCUGCAGACCGGAAGUACCAACAUUUCUACUACAACUAACCACCCUUCCCCAUUGGAAAUUGAUGUUCCAGACGCUAGCUGCUUCGCAGUUCUUACAAGGUGCUUCCCGCGUCUUUCACGAAUUCGACAUACAAUUCCUGCUGCUCCGCCCACCAGCUAAGCGCCCUAUCCCUCCCGAACCUUUUUGUUAGAGUAGAUAUCACCACAUGUACUGAGUAUCUGAACUUUGAAGACACAUGUAAAUCGAUGUUACUCGCGAAUGACAUUACUUGUAGUAUAUAGUAAAUGAUGAUAUCUGA